AUGCGUUAUACUAUCGUCAUCGCCGCUAUCAUCCCAUUCGUUGCCGCCCAUGGCAAGAUCGCAGUCUUGUCUGGUGACAUGGGUGGAAACACCACUGGUCUUGGUAUCCAAGGUGCCGUCAUCCCUGGUGCCGGAACCAACAAGCAAACUGAGGUCGACACCACUGUCUUCAACAGCAAGAAUGCCGCUACUGAUGGUCUCGGAAAGACCAAGGCUGGUCCCAACACCAUGGCUAACAUGAAGAGUGUCAUGGCCAUGUCUGGUGAAACUCUUCCUCAAGUUAGCAGCAAUGGAGGUGAACUCAGCGGAACCAUCCACAUCGUCACCACUGACGGAGCUGGACCAUACUCCGCCAUCGUCGACCCAACUGCUACCGGUACAUUCUCUCAAGGUACUGAAGCAAAGGUCACUACUCAAGUACCAGGCAGAAGGGGUAACAUCGCCGCACCCAAGCAACGCUCCCUCAUGAUGAGAUCCCUCGUCAACCUGGGUAUCGUCAAGCGUGCCAAGAACGUCAACGAGGACUACCCCAUCAAAGUCGCCAUCCCAGCUGGUAUGUCCUGCACCGGUACCGUCGGUGAUCAAAAGAACGUCUGCUUGGUUAAGCUUGCCAACCCAUCUGGCGCUGGACCAUUCGGUGGUGUCGCAGCCUUCCAAAUGGCCUCGGCUUCCAGCGAUGCUGCUGCUGGUAAUGGCACUACUGCUGCCACUACCAAGCGCACCAUCGGUGCCAAGUUCCGUGCUUAA